AUGGACACAGGAAGAGACCCGUUCUUCAGUCAUUCCAGUUGGUCCGUGAACCUACCGGGAACUGCGCAAUAUGUCUUCGCUCAGGCACACAAGGCUGGCAACCAAAGUGUCUCGGUGCUGAGUGCUGCACGAGAUGAAAUCGACUUCGCGGAUUCCACACUGCUCUAUCCUGUUGGGGUUGCUGCGCUUUCGGUCCUAGUACUGCUGGUGCAGCUAGCCUUCCAUCUUCGAACCCAGCGAAACGCGUACACGAAACCUGCUGAGUCAGGGCCUUCACCAUUAGCUGAGCCUCUCCAUGCACCAGAGGAGAGCGAGAAUGCGUCCGCGCUCGCAAAACACGUCAAGGAGCAUGGAGGCGCCGUCAUAAUCGCGUUCAACCUUGUACGAUCUGGUUCAACUCUGGCUUUACUAGGCAUGUCCAUGUACAGCGCAACCAAAGCUCUCGGACACACGGCGACUCUGGAGCCCCAGAACUCCCAGAUCGUUAUCCACGUCGGUACCUGCAUAACCUACUUGUACGCAUCAGCCCUCAGCAUCGCCUCGGUGCUUUCCGGUCCGAUUCUCAGCACAACUGUCGUUCGCCACCUGAACUGUAUCCUGGUCUUGGAGUGGGCGGCUUACGCGUACCGCGAUCUCUGGCCCUUGGCAACAUUCACGCUCGAGCCCAUAGAUCUCGAUGAGGGUGCGCUGCUCUGGACCAGAUUAGCCCUGCUGACUCUCAGUGCUGUCUUCGUUCCUCUCCUAAUCCCUCGGCUGUACAUUCCCUUUGACCCGGAGAACCCAUGGCCCGACCCGCACCCAGAGCAAACCAGUUCCAUCUUGUCACUCUGGCUGUACAUUUGGCUCGAUCCGACAAUAAGGCUCGCGUCGCGCGUCGAGCAUCUCACGAUCGACAUGCUGCCCCCUCUGGCCGACUACGAUGAAGCGCACAACCUGAUGAAAAGCAGCGUUGAUGAACUCGAUCCUUUCAGAGUCAAGACGAAGGGAAGGCAUCUCAUGUGGGGUCUUCUGCGUGUUUUUCGAGCGGACUGGAUCAUCCUGACCAUCCUGACCACUGUGGACACCACUACGGAGUUCAUCGGUCCGCUCGCUAUCCGGUACAUCCUGAUGUACCUCGAGACCGAGGGCGUGGGUGCUACCGUGCGGCCCUGGUUCUGGAUCGCGACACUGUUCUUCGGGCCGAUCUUCGACUACAUCUUCAUGGCCGCUCUCUCAUUCAUCUCCACGAGAUUGCUGACCCGCGUCGAGGCGAUCAUCACGCAGCUUGUGUUCGAGCACGCCCUGCGCAUGCGCAUAAAGGCGGAUGCCUCUGACGAAUCUGCCAAGAGCGAGGGCGACACGACCGUCGCCGGCACACCUGAUACGGCAUCCGUCGCGGAUUCAAGCGCGACCACUGCCCAGGAGAAUGGCAACGACAAUGACAGCGACUCGUCAGCAGGCAAGGGCAAGCAGAAGUCCACUGCGACUGCGCAGACGGUGCCCGCGCCCGCGCAGCGCCCAGAGAUCGUCGGGAAGGAGGAGACGGGGAAGCCGAAAGACGACGAGAAGAAGGGCAAGAACGUCGUCGGCAAGAUCAACAACUUGAUCUCGUCCGACCUUGCCUCUCUCGGAAACGGCAGGGAUUUCGUGGUGAUCUUGGUCAAGCUGCCGGUCGAGAUCAUCUGCUGUGUCUGGUUCUUGUACGCCGUCUUGGGCUGGAGUGCAUUCGUCGGUCUCGCUUGCAUCGUCAUACUAUUCCCCGUCCCUGGUUUGAUUGCAACGAUGAUUCGCAAGAUCCAGGUCGCCAAAAUGAAGAAGACCGAUGCUCGCGUACAGACUGCGACAGAAACUAUGAACGUCAUCCGCAUGAUAAAGCUGUUCGGUUGGGAGCCCAGGGUUACCGAGCAACUGGCUGAAAAGCGUGAGGAAGAGCUGGAGCUCGUGAAGAAGAACAAGCUGCUCGACCUUAUCAAUGGUAACCUGAACCACGUCAUUCCUUUGGUGACUAUGAUAGCGACCUAUGCGACAUACACCAUGGUCAUGAAACGAGAGCUCACUGCCUCUGCCGUCUUCUCGUCUAUCACCGUAUUCGACACUUUCAGCAGUUUGAUGCAUAUGGUUCUCGGCUUCGUGCCUGAGCUGAUCCGAGCCAAGGUAUCGUUGGACCGAGUGAAUGAGUUCUUGCAGAAGACAGAGCUCCUUGAUGAGUACUCGGAGCAGCCUGGCGAGAUCCAGACUCAGAUCGGCGCGCAGCCCGAGGAAGACGUGAUCGGUUUCCGCAACACUUCUUUCACAUGGGCAAACACAGCCAGUGGUUCGGCUGCAUCGACUCCUGGAAGUGGGCGAAGUAACUUCGCCUUGCGCAUCGACGGCGACCUGAUCUUCAAGAAAGGAAGCAUCAACCUCGUCAUCGGCCCUACUGGCUCGGGAAAGAGCUCGUUGUUGAUGGCGUUGUUGGGCGAGAUGCACUACAUACCGGCGGGUCCUGAUUCGUUCUUCAAUCUUCCCCGUAGCGGAGGUAUCGCCUAUGCUGCGCAGGAGUCGUGGGUACAGAAUGAGACUAUCAGGGACAACAUCCUCUUCGGGGCACCAUACAAUGAGGAACGCUACCAGAAAGUCCUCGAACAGUGCGCUCUCAAACGCGAUCUCGAGCUGUUCGCUGCGGGUGAUGAGACGGAGGUGGGCGAAAGGGGUAUUACACUCAGUGGCGGUCAGAAGGCACGCAUCACGCUUGCCCGUGCUAUAUACUCGCAGGCGCAGACACUGUUGUUGGAUGAUGUACUCGCCGCGCUAGACGUCCACACAUCACGAUGGAUCGUCGAGAAGUGCUUCAAAGGCGACCUUGUACGUGGCCGAACGGUGCUACUCGUUACGCACAAUGUUUCGAUGGCCAGCCCAAUUGCCGACUACGUUGUCGCUCUCGGCACAGACGGCAGAAUAUCCAGUCAAGGAUCCAUAGCCAACGCGCUAGAGCGUGACAGGAAGCUGGCCGCUGAAGUAGCCAAGGAAGAGGCCGAGAUAGAGAAAGCAGAAGCUACCGUUGACGAGCAAGCUCCGGAAGAGGUUCCGAAGGAGGAUGGCAAACUUGUCGUCGAAGAAGAGGUCGCAGUCGGGCAUGUCGGUUGGCAAGCGAUGCGGCUUCUCUUCGGCGCGCUCGGAGGGAACCACCAAGUCUUUUUCUGGUUCAGCUUUAUCGGCGGUCUCAUGCUGUACAUGGUCUUCAACAUCCUUGAGACCUGGUUCCUGGGCUUUUGGGCGAGGCAAUACGAAGAAGUGCCCGCGUCUGAAGUCAAUGUUCCAUACUUCCUGGGUGUAUACGGGUUGAUCAUGAUCAUAUCGACCCUGUUCUACGUGGCGGCCUUCUAUGUCUACAUGUACGGGACGCUGAGAGCAUCGAGAGUCAUUCACAACGAGCUAAUGCGUUCGAUUCUGGCUACAACAUUGCGGUGGCUUGACAAAACACCUACAUCUCGGAUUAUUGCUCGAUGCACACAAGACAUUCAAGAAGUUGACGGUCCCGUUGCGAGAUUGUUCAGUGUCCUUACAGAGAUGUCGCUCGAGAUGCUCAUGAAGCUUGGUGUCGUGGUGGUGAUAUCGCCUAUCUUCCUUAUCCCCGGUGUGUUCAUUGCCGCUGUCGGUGGUUGGAUCGGCGAGGUCUACAUGAAGGCCCAACUCGCGGUCAAACGUGAAAGAAGUAAUGCAAAGGCCCCAGUGCUCGGCCACUUCGGGGCCGCGUUUGCGGGUCUCACCUCUAUCCGCGCCUACGGUGCACAGGAAGCGUUCAAGAAGGAGUCAUACGUACGCAUCAACAGAUAUACUCGUGCUACAAGAGCUUUCUGGGGUCUCAAUCGCUGGGUAACUGUCCGUAUUACCGCCCUAGGAUCCGUUUAUUCUGCCGCUCUCGCGGCCUACUUGGUGUACGGGAAGUCAAUCACCGCGUCCAAUACCGGUUUCUCCCUGAACAUGGCAGUUGGAUUUAGCAGCAUGAUUCUUUGGUGGGUGAGGAUUUUCAAUGAAUUGGAGGUAUCAGGCAACAGCCUCGAGCGUAUCAAACAAUACAUGGAGAUCGAGCACGAACCCAAAGCUACGCCAGAAGGUGUUCCGCCCGCAUACUGGCCGGCGAGCGGAGACCUCAAAGUCGAGAAGCUCUCCGCUCGAUACUCUCCAGACGGGCCUCGCGUACUGCACGAGAUCUCGUUUGAGGUGAGGUCAGGACAGCGCGUUGGCAUCGUCGGUCGCACCGGUAGUGGAAAGAGCUCUUUGACUCUGGCUCUCUUACGGUGUAUUAUCACCGAAGGCAAAGUGUAUUAUGAUGGUCUACCGACAGACAACAUUAACCUGGACGCUCUCCGCUCGAAUAUUACGAUCAUUCCGCAAGUGCCCGAGCUCUUGAGCGGGACGUUGCGUCAAAACCUAGAUCCCUUCCAGCAGUAUGACGACGCCGUUUUGAACGAUGCCCUUCGGUCUGCCGGCCUGUUCUCGUUGCAGAGCGACAUGACCGAGGGUCGCAUCACUCUCGACACGCCCAUCGCAAGCGGUGGAACGAACCUCUCCGUUGGGCAACGUCAGAUCUUGGCCCUUGCAAGAGCCAUCGUGCGGCAGAGCAAGCUGCUGAUUCUGGAUGAAGCUACGUCUGCCAUCGACUAUGCAACAGAUGCUGUGAUACAGUCAUCGCUCCGCCAAGAGCUGGACACGGGCGUCACUCUGCUCAUCGUCGCUCAUCGCCUGCAGACCAUCAUGGACGCCGACAAAAUCAUGGUGCUCGACGCUGGCAAUAUUGCUGAAUUCGGCAAGCCCAGCGAGCUUCUGAAAAAUGAACAGGGUAUGCUCCGUGCGCUCGUCGACGAGAGCGGCGACAAGGAGACGUUGUAUGCCAUGGCUAGUGAUGCUACAGGUUCUCACUGAUAGAGUCGCGAGCUUCUGUAUCCAAUCUGUAAUCUAUCACGGGUUCGUCGUGCAUUCUCUUAUGUAUACUGUCUUUGUGCGUUGAGCGCGGGCGGAUCUUCCAUGGUCGAAGUGCUUCGUACGAGUAUCCGAAUCCAGAAACUGUAUCCGAAGUGUAGCUGGUAUAUGAUAUCGAAUACACGUAUGUAGACCGUCAUGACAUAGACACCAAUCGCACCUGCGCGGUCCCAACUGGCCAAUACAAUAGAGGGAUUAGACGA